AUGAACAGCACRGAGCGGACGCGGUGCACGGGGGGCUCCGCGCUGCAGCCCGCCGCCUCGCCCCACGUCAGCGCGCUCAUGUUCUCGGCGGGGCUGGCGGGCAACCUGCUGGCGCUGGCCUUGCUGCUCCGCCGCCGCCGCCCGGCCUCGCUCUUCCACGCGCUCGUGCUCGCCCUGGUGCUCACCGACCUGCUGGGCACCUGCUCCGUGAGCCCCUUGGUGCUCGCCUCCUACCACCGCAACCGCACGCUCCUCGCCUUGGCGCCCGCCACCCGCCUCUGCCUCGCCUUCGGCUUCUGCAUGAGCUUCUUCGGCCUCGCCACCAUGCUCAUCCUCUUCGGCAUGGCGCUGGAGCGAUGCCUGGCGCUGGGCCAGCCCUACUUCUACGAGCGCUUCCUCAGCCCCCGCGCCGCCUUCGUGGCCCUGCCCGCCGCUUACGCCUUCGCCGCCGCCUUCUGCUCCCUGCCCCUGCUGGGCUUCGGGCACUAYGUGCAGUAUUGCCCCGGCACCUGGUGCUUCAUCCAGAUGCACUCGGACCAGCUGCGGCGCGACGGCAAGGACGUCGCCUUCUCGCUGCUCUACGCCACCCUGCUGCUGCUGCUCAUCGUGGCCGUGCUGCUGUGCAACCUCAGCGUCAUCGCCAACCUGGUGCGCAUGCACCGGCGCGGGCAGAAGACGCGCCGCCCGGCCGCCCUGGGCAAGUUCUCCAUGGCGGAGGAGGUCGACCACCUCCUCCUGCUCUCCAUCAUGACCAUCACCUUCGUCAUCUGCUCCCUGCCCUUCACGAUCCGCGCCUACAUCAACCAGGUGGACGGGGUGGAAGGCGACCACGAGUGGGACCUGCUCGCCCUGAGGUUCCUCUCCAUCAACUCCAUCGUGGACCCCUGGGUCUUCGCCAUCCUGCGGCCGCCGCUCCUGCGGCUCGCGCGCUCCGUGCUCUGCUGCCAGGCGGCCCCGGCGCCGCGGGACAGYGCCGAGGGCCCGGGCACUGCCAAGAGCCAGCAGGUGCCCCGGCUCGGCCCCGGCGGGCGGUAG